UUUUGAAGUUACCAGGGGGAAGUUUAGACGUUCUUGUUGCAGCUGACCAUGACUUGUGUGACGUCUGACGAGCUUCAGUUACGUUUCCACUGCAGCUGAUCGUAACAGACGUCCCCUACACAGACUGCAGAUGCUCUGCCCAAGAUCGUGACCGAAGAAGGAGCUUGAAAACGUAAGGAAGAGCAGGAUGGCCAGUCACCUGAGCAGACAUCUAGUGGAGAGUAAGACCUCCGAGCUGAAGAUCGUGCCUGUGAGCUGGAACGUGGACGUGACAAAAGGACCUCACCUGCAGCUGGAGCUGAAGAUGUGCCAGCUGAAGGAUCUCACAUGGGACUUCCAGUGGGGGGAAGGAAGAACUACAAGUCCUUCCAGCCCCACACCUGUAAGCAUUGUGGACCAACCAACCAGGUGUUUGAAAGUUGAUGUGUCCCUGAAUGAACUUCAGUCCCUGCAUCACAAGGAGCUGUUACCCUUCAGUAGACUGUACUGCCUGGAUGCUUCUCUCAACAGGAUUACAACUUUCAAGGGAGUGGAAGCCCUCCCAAACCUGGUUACACUCAACCUGUCUCAUAACAGCAUCAAAGUUGUGGAUGGACUGGAACACAGUCAACAUCUGCAAGAACUGCACCUGGAAAUGAAUGCCAUUACUGACAUCAGUAACAUGCCGAUCCUGUACAACCUCACUAUCCUACGUCUCAACAGUAACCAGCUUACAUCCUUAGAGGGUAUCCAGUCCCUUUCAAGACUGAAGGAGCUUCAUGUGCAAAAGAACCACUUAACAGACUUGUUUCCCCUGGUGAGCAGUCUGGGACUGGUGGUGCUGAACGCUGCUGAUAACCACCUACAGUCUCUGUCAGACACCGUGGACGUGCUCAAGGGACUCAAGAGACUACAUGAACUCUACCUCAUGGGCAAUCCCCUUCAGAAGGAGAACAGGUACAGCGCUGCGUUGACUACCUCCACAUCAGUGGUCAUGCUGGAUGGACACAGCAUCAGCAGUGCUGCAGCAAAACCUACAGUAGCUCAGGCAAUACAGCCCCUGCUGCUACCAUCAGGGGACCGACCACAGGCUCUCGCUGACCUCAAGUCUGCAGCAAGGAAAAUCUUCUACGAGCAGAUCGAGAGACAGAAAAUGAGAAUGGACGAAAAUGUGCAUUACUUACAGCAGAAGAUACAUGAUGUCCAGGAAGAGUUCAGACAGUACGAGGCCAAAACACUUGCUGAUCUUGACUCUUGUCUAAGGUACAUGGACCACCUGUCCCUGGAGGACAUGUCUGGUGCCACACAGAACAUGCUCAGGGACAUGAUGGCCAGGCCUGGGCCGGGGCCAUGGACGGAGCCCCCCAAGACUGGACCAGACAAAGCAGCAUCAAGACAAAGUACGAGAGAUAAAACAAAGCCAAAGAGCCAGUACAAGGGAGUGACUGAACCUGACGAGGUCCUGAAGGCUGCAGCAGAACUUCUGUCCAAGUCGAGACAAGAGGAUAGAGACAGCCUCAAUUCUGACUCAUUAUCCUGAUGGAAUACAUUCUAAUGUAUAUAAUACAAUAAUUUUCACAUUUUCAGUCAAUCAAUGCAACACUAACUUGGAACUUUUUUAUGGAUUUGAAAUUAGAUGUUGUACAGUCAAAAUGUACAGUCACAAACAAAGACCACUCAGGGGACAGAACAAAUCUGGUCCAUGUAGGCAAGUGGUCACUAUAGACAGGAGUCACAAUGCUUAUGUCAAUGGAAAAAACAUGUCAUCACAUUUUCCUAAUGGUCCUUAUGAAGAAAUGGUCACUUGUACAGGUUUUACUUUAUAUAUCAACUAUUUUUACAGAUUCUGAAGAUUUUGCUAUUCUUUCAAGAAUGUUGCGCAACACUGUUGUUUAGAGUCAAAACAGCAUUUCACUAUAACGUUAGAUUGUUGCCAACCACAUACCAAAGUAGAUGAAUUCCCAUAACACCAUGUAAAUAUUGCACUGUUUAACAUUAUUAUUGUAAAAGCAUUUAGCUUUUGAGCAUGAUUUUGCAAAUAAAGAAUUUAUUAUAGUAAGGAUGAAUUAUUUCAGUACAGGUUUAUUCAAUUACAAAACAAGAGGUCCACAACCUCAUAUCUUUGCCAAAUGAUGUUCACUGUUCCGAAUGAUGAAAUUAUACCUUUCUCACAUUGUUCAGU